AUGACAGAACUUCACCUUGCUGCAGCUUUUGGUACCCCUGGUAUUUGUAGUCGCAUUCUGGACGAAGGUGUACCGGUUGAUAUUUUUGAGACUAGCCUAGGUACACCGCUAUGCACUGCAAGCACGGAAGGAAGGGUUGAUAAUGUUAAGCUGUUGCUUCAGCGUGGUGCGAACAUCAAUUUGCAGAAUGCAAGAGGCUCAACUCCACUGCUGUGUGCUGCAUAUACCGGUUCGACUGAGGUGAUGGAACUCCUGUUCGACAAAGGCGCUCUCGUAGAACUGGAAGCCGACAAAACAACAGUGCUUCACGUUGCUGCGCAAGAUCACGGGCCUUCAAUGGUGCACUUAAUCUUGAAGCAUAUGAAGCAACGCCAUUCUGAAGACGUGAUCGGGCUCCUGAACCAUCACGAUCAUUGGGAUAGAAGCCCUCUGCAUAUAUCUGCGCAGAAAGGAGACCUGGGGACUGUACGGGCAUUGGUUGACGCAGGUGCAUAUAUCGACAUCGAAGAUGCGUUGGCAAGAACUCCAGUGUAUUUUGCUGAGCUACACGGUGAAAACAAAGUCAAGGACUUCUUGAUCAGCAGGGGGGCCAGGAUCGGAGUUCCGCGGAUUGAGACGAUUGAAGUCGAGCUUGAGGAUGGAACCACUCUCAUCGUGGAAGUGAGUGACAAGAACCGCGAGCCCGGUGAGCAACCUUCUAAGCUGUGUCCCGAAGAGGCAGCACAGAUGAUCUAUGAUGUGGAAGGGACAGUUUUUCCUUCUCCUGUCAAAAGGAUUCACUUCAAGAACUAG